UGUUUGGAGUGCUUCUGACAUUUCCUGAUUCAAACAAACAUGGAAAACAAUUUGUGGUUGGACAGAAUGAAAGACUUCAGAAGAAGCAAGGGUUGGGAUGUGGAUGGCAAGUUCCCAAUAAUGUUCUUCUCAACCAUUAAUGGAUACCAUCACUUUCGCUACAGACCAGAAUCAAGCCAUCGGCUUGUUUGUAUGAGAGAAACAAACAACACCUAUGAUCCAAGGGCAAUCAUAGUUUAUGAUUCAACAAAUGGUCAUUUGGUUGGACGUGUUCCACAAGGUCUACAGAGUCUUAUUUAUGAUUGGAUAUUAAAUAACAAUAUUGCACGUUCAUCAUUAUUUUGCACUGGAGAAUUUCAACAUGACGGUCAAGUUCAAGGAGGGGGUCCAAAACUGAAGUGUGUUUACUUACUGGAAUUUAAUACAGAAAACUUUCACUUACCACAGGUUGCCCAACAGCUACAUGAAGUUCUUCAAACAAACGAUUUAUAUAUGUAAAAAUGAGGACACGUAAAAUGCUUAGUAAAACAGCACUUAAAUCUGUAAAGCAUUUGUUAUUGAAAUAAAUAUGAAAAUAUUUGUAAACUUUUUUUUUCCCGCUUUUUACGUAGGUUCACACGAUUGGGAGUCAGCCUUGAUAUUUUACUUAUCUGUCUCCCAAUCUAGAAUAAAUCUUUGUAAUAAGAGACAAUCUCCUGAUCUGGAGAUUAAGGCAUACAGUAAAGAAUUUACUCCCAAUCAAGAGACUGUCUCUAAUAUGGUAGAUUGUCCCCUAAUCGGGGUACAUUAAAUAUAUAUAUCUUAUUUUACCACUUAUAUCUCCUAUUCGGGAGACAAUCCCCAAAUAAAGAUAAUGUCUCCUCAAUGGUGAAUGUCGCUUAA